ACUCAAAACUAUGACACAGCGCCUGGCGCAUCUCUGGCUGAGGACUGACUGCCCUCUCCGGCGGGCAGCUCCGGCUGAUGCUGUCCAGGCAUCGCCCAAGGCGAAAGGUUUCCGCGCGGUCAGGAGGCGCGGGAGGAGUCUGGCGGUGAUUGAUGGGGAAGGGACGAACGAAUACUCUGAAAGCAGCGGAGCGGCCACCCAACGCUCACUGGAGCGGGCAGCAGCAUGCAGCUGCUGCCAAGCCUGUGCGGACGCGCCCUGGUGGCGUUGAUCCUUGCCUGCAGAGUGGCCGGUGUCCAGGGAGAAGAGAGGGGAUUCCCGCCGGCUGGGGCCACUCCGCUACUUUGGGAGACCAGAGAGAUAAUGACUCCCCCCACUAAGACCUCCUGGACGAAGGGGUCCAACGCCAGCGUGCCGGGGUCUUCCGCACCGCCGCAGAUGCCUAAAGCAGGGAAGCCGGUAGGAGCCCCGCCACGCACCUUCGCCCCUCCCCCGUGCAAUGGAUCCAUCGAGAUCAAAGAAACUUUCAAGUAUAUCAACACGGUGGUGUCCUGCCUAGUGUUCGUGCUGGGCAUCAUCGGAAACUCCACACUGCUGAGAAUCAUUUACAAGAACAAGUGCAUGCGAAACGGCCCUAAUAUCUUGAUAGCCAGCCUGGCUCUGGGAGACCUGCUGCACAUCAUCAUUGACAUCCCCAUCAGUGUCUACAAGCUACUCGCAGAGGACUGGCCCUUUGGAGUUGAGAUGUGUAAGCUGGUGCCUUUCAUACAGAAAGCCUCCGUGGGAAUCACUGUGCUGAGCCUGUGCGCUCUAAGUAUUGACAGAUAUCGAGCUGUUGCAUCUUGGAGUCGAAUUAAAGGAAUUGGUGUUCCAAAAUGGACAGCAGUAGAAAUUGUUUUAAUAUGGGUGAUCUCUGUGGUUCUGGCUGUCCCCGAAGCCGUGGGUUUUGAUGUAAUUACCACUGACUACAAAGGAAGUUACCUGCACAUCUGCUUGCUUCACCCCAUUCAGAAAACAGCCUUCAUGAAGUUUUACAAGAUAGCUAAAGAUUGGUGGCUAUUUAGUUUCUAUUUCUGCUUGCCACUGGCCAUCACCGCAUUUUUUUAUACACUGAUGACCUGUGAAAUGUUGAGAAAGAAGAGUGGAAUGCAAAUUGCUUUAAAUGAUCACAUAAAGCAGAGACGGGAAGUGGCCAAAACAGUAUUUUGCCUGGUCCUUGUCUUUGCCCUCUGUUGGCUUCCUCUUCACCUCAGCAGGAUUUUGAAGCUCACUCUUUAUGAUCAGUAUGAUCCCAAUAGAUGUGAACUUUUGAGCUUUUUGUUGGUAUUGGACUAUAUCGGCAUCAACAUGGCCUCCUUGAAUUCUUGCAUUAAUCCAAUAGCUCUGUAUUUGGUGAGCAAAAGAUUCAAAAACUGCUUUAAGUCAUGCUUAUGUUGCUGGUGCCAGUCAUUUGAAGAAAAACAGUCCUUGGAGGAAAAGCAGUCGUGCUUAAAGUUCAAAGCUAAUGAUCACGGAUAUGACAACUUCCGUUCCAGUAAUAAAUACAGCUCAUCUUGAAGGAAGGAAUAUUCACUUAAUUUCAUUUUCUUUAUUUUGGACAGAAGUCAUUAAAACAAUGAGGCACUUGCCAAAACAAAACAAAACAAUUGUGUGUUUGCACAAAAUAAUGUAAAAAUGUAAGAGUGAUUAUUUUUCUAACACUCAGUUACACAUGACAUUUUAUGAGCUGUUCACAGAAUGAGAAGAAAAGCAGUGGGAAUUAAGAAAGCUUCAUUGUGAAAGCACUUAAUAUUUUACAGCCAGCACUUCAAUGUAAUUCUUAAUAACUCCUAGUAUAUUCAUACAUCACUCACAUUUAAAUUGAGCUCACUCUGAUUUUCUGUUAAAGAGAUUUAUUUUUAAAUUAAUGUGAAUCUGAUAUAAAGAAAAAAUAUGUCACUGUAAAAUGGAAUUUUUAAAUGAAGUUUAAAUCACUUAAUUUAAAAUUCUAAAAAUCCUGUAAAAGAACUCUUUUAUUAAUAGUAUCACACCACUGGUUGGACUAUUAUUGAAUACAAAAUGUCUAAGCUGUUUAGUUGGUAUCUUUUUUUUUUUGACAUUAGAAACAUAUUUAAAUGAUCAGAAGGAAGUAUCAGAAAGAGAGACAGGGGUUUUUGAAAGUCAUUAAACAUUUUACAUUCAAGAUAAGAUCAAAUGUCACAAUAGGAAAGAGAGAGAAGAUUUGAACGCUAUCCCUAAAGACUGCUUUGAAAUAUCCCAUUCACCUACCCUGCAAAGAAAAAGCUACCUACAAAUUUUUCAGGAUUAUUAAAACAUUCUUUUUCUUUCACUAUCACUUUUGUAGUUUAUACACUACUUGUUUAGUUUUGUCAGCUGUAAAUACUUAGCCACAAGACGCGAUGUGUAGAUUAAACUAAGGGCAGGCCCCAGAGUUCAUACCUUUACCAUGGAGGGAUGCCAGUAACUCCAUAACAGACAGAAUGUGAGUUGCCCGGAGCAGCGUUCACAUGGCGAAGGAAACGGCCGUAGCCUCUGUCACCCAUACUGUAGUCACAAUAGUCUCUGGCAUAUGUAUAAUAUGAUGGUUAAAAUACUGACUCUUUUUUAAGAUCGCACCAAUUGGUCAAUUUAAUAGUGACCUGUAAAGCUUGUUACUAAUUUUUAUAUCAUUUUUGUAAAUAACUAAUAGAAAACAGUUCUUGACAUGGUGCUUUUCUGUCGCUUACAAGCAAAAUUGUUUUUGGAGACAGUGGGAACCUCUUACUUUGUGCAUCCUUGCCUGAUUCUUUCAUCUCCCCAGCAAAGUGCCUUAGGCUCAGUUGGGAGAAGAUGGGUGUGAACCGAGGAGAGAAAACCGAAGAGAGAGGAAAUAAGGUGGGGUGGGAAGAAACCCACGAGGGCAGAGUCCCGUUCUUAGCCUGAUGUUCAUCAUUGCCCCGUCACAUCCAUGCAAAAGGUCCUGAUUCUGUUCCAGCAAAACACAGUGCAGUGUUCUCAGAGUGACUUCAGGAACAAAUUGGGCCCAAGAGCUUUAACUCAGUCUUAAAAUAUAACAGAGUUUCCACCUUUUUUUUUUUUUCUUUUAGUAACCCAGGGAAAUAAGCUAGCCACAUGUUGGAAAGAAGCUAGCAUGUUGUUUUCUGCCAGCUUCUAAUGUGAUGAUACAGUAAACCAAAACCCAACAAUGUGGCCAAAAGGAAAGGACAAUAAUUAAUUCACAUAUCACGUGGAUUCAAUCUAUUUACAAAUCACUCACAGCCUUGUUUAUUAAUUUCUUCCCAAUCAGUGUUUCCGAUGCUUGUCAUCACUAAUGACAUUUCAAACUUUGGCUUUUGAGCAAAAUCCAAAAACAGACUCUUUCUUUCACAGUUUAUUAUAUUUUUAUUUUUAUUUAAGUUUUAGCUCAUUUUUAUUAUCAUGUACUGGGUUUUAGUUCUUUCUCCUCAUUUACAUCCGUAAUAGUCUUUCUCUGUAUCAGAAUCAUGGUCUGUAAUCAUCUGUCAAAUUUUGAAACUUCACACAAAGAGUAUACAUAUGCACUAUUUAUAAUGAAAUUGUGUUCAGUAGCUUUUCUAAAAAUGUUUGGUUCAAAAUUUUAACAUACGGAUAAAGGUUGGUAAGAAACAAACAUGAUUUCUUGGCAUAAUUAAGAUCAAGAUAGGAAAAGGUGCCACUGUUUAAAACACAUUUCCUAAUGUUCAAAGCUGUAUAAUAUAGCAACAGACAAAAACAGUAUUAACAUGGAUGUUUAAAUGUAAAAGAUUUAUAAGCAAUAUUAGCCUAUUUUCUCCUUUAUCCAUUGCUAAUAGGGGUGCAUGUUCAAAUAUCUUUUAGUAUUGACAGCUUACAUAUGGACAAAGGAAUAUAGUUUAUAGCAAAACAUGCUGUAGUUAACUUUAUAAAAUUGUAAUAUGACCAUAUAAAAAAUUAAAUAUUUUGUUCUUCUGUGGUCACUUAAAGUGGCAAAUACUAUAGUCACAGGUUCCUUAUUUUGAAAAUAAAAUCAAUAAAAAUUUAAAUUGUUUUAAAAAAAGACCAGUCUAUUUUUCACUGUGCAGGCAAUAAUUCAUUAAAUGCUAAUUGAAUAAGUGUUUCAAGGACAUACAAAUGUUACAAGUGGACAUUAUUUAUGUUAAGCAUAUUAUUGUCAAGGAAAUGUGAACUUUGUUAAAUUAAAAUACCAAAUUUCUGGUCUCUAGGUU